CUCAAAGAUAUUAUUUUGUGCUUCACCUCUGCCCACGUCAACGCUUCCCAUUCCAAAGUCACUCUCCCAGCAUCAUGCAUGCCACUCUCUUCACCGUUCAUUCAAUGGACCCAUAUUCCUAGCCGUUGAUAAUUCAGAGAAAUAACUCGUGGACACCGUAAUUUACAUGUCUAUGAUUCUACUUUUAAAGGUCAAAUUCUGUCUCCAUUCAGUUCUCUCUGUAUUUCUGUUUCCUCCAGGAAUCGCGAUUCUCGAAAGUGCAGAAGAUUCUGUGUUGAGUGGGAAAUUCUGAUCAGAUUUUACCCAUUUAAUAUAGUGGGAGAAAGUUCUCAUAGUCAGUUGGAAUUUUUUACUAAGGACUUGGCAUGGGAGUUGUAACUGCUUCUAGCUCAGCUGCUAGGACACCACUAGGAUUGAACACGAAAUUUUCAACAUACAGAUCUACAGUAAAAAGACCAUUGAUUGUGGCAUUUAAAGACGACAAAUCUAAUAACACAGCUCUGGUUGCACCUUCCGAGCGAAUCCCAUUGCCCAUAGAGACACCCAAGGGGAAGAAAAGACGAGGAAAAACUAACAAUGAAGUUCUUUCCUGCGCCUUGGAAGUGGAUUACAAUGAAGCUGCUGCAAAGCUUGAAAAUAUAUUCAAACUUAGCCCGACAACUGAUACUGCUGAUGUAGAUGUAAGUGACUUAAGUAAGAAAGGUAAACAAAAGAAAAGGAAAACUAGGGAAGAUGAUGGUAAAGCUGGGAAAGGAGCUAACAAACCCAUUGUUAGGAAUCGUGCAAAGAAAACUAAGCGGCUGGACCUUGAUACAAGGAUUGCAUUGAGGAAGAACAACGAAGAGGAAAAGAUAACUUCAACUAUUAGGAAGAAAAAGGAUACUCGGCAUGAAAAUGAAAAGAUUGAGGAGCUUGUAAGGGAAUAUUCUGCAUCAACUGAUUUGGUGAGCUUAGACUGGAAGAAAAUGAAGAUACCUCCGGUGCUUCAUUCAACAGAGCAUGCCUGGCUGUUCAAGUUGAUGCAACCUAUGAAGGCUCUCCUUCAAGUGAAAGAUCAUUUGCAAACUAAUUUGGGAAGAGAACCAACUGAGGGUGAGUUAGCUGAGGCGACCAAUAUGAAAGUCGAGCAAGUAAGGAAACAGCUGGAAGCUGGACGAGCUGCAAGAAACAAGCUAAUUAAGCACAAUCUCCGCCUUGUAUUGUUUGUAAUCAAUAAAUAUUUUCAAGACUUUGCAAAUGGCCCAAGAUUUCAAGACCUUUGCCAAGCAGGGGUUAAGGGGCUUAUAACUGCAAUUGAUCGCUUUGAACCCAAAAGGCGAUUUAGGCUCUCUACUUACAGUCUUUUUUGGAUUAGGCAUGCUAUAAUAAGAUCAAUGACACUCUCAAGCUUUACACGUGUCUCAUUUGGCCUUGAAUCGGUUAGAGCAGAAAUCCAGAAAGCCAGACUUGAGUUGUUGAUUGAGCUUCAAAGACAACCAACCGAGGUAGAGAUUAUUGAGAGAGUGGGAAUUUCCCCUGAGAGAUAUCAUGAAGUAAUGAGGGCCUCAAAACCCAUCUACUCUCUACAUUCUAGGCAUGUAGUUACCCAAGAAGAAUUCAUUAAUGGAAUCACUGACACAGAUGGAGGCGAUAACCGGAGGCAACCAGCUCUUCUGAGGCUUGCUCUUGAUGAUGUGCUUGAUUCUCUAAAGCCCAAGGAGAGCGUCGUGAUCAGGCAGAGAUAUGGGCUUGAUGGGAAAGGUGACAGAACACUAGGAGAGAUUGCUGGAAACUUAAAUAUCUCAAGAGAAAUGGUUAGGAAGUAUGAAGUAAAGGCACUCUUGAAGCUCAAGCAUCCAGCUAGAGUGGAUUAUCUUCGCCGCUAUGUUGUCUGAAUUGAUGAACAGAAUACAUAAUAAGGUUUGCUUGUAUUACUUUCUCCUCCCCCCCGCUGUAUGAGUUGUCAAGCUGUUGCUCUAUACUAAUGACAUGUAUCAUAGUCAUUUUUAACUACAAUGAAAAUAGAAAAAUCUUAUACCAUGUAAUAUACUUACUACAGAAUUCGAUAUACAUGUAAUAUUGUCUCUCCUUUGUAAUCUGAUAAUCUCAUUCACAUUUAUGAAUCAA